AUGUUGGAGAACUACAGCAAUCUGGUGUUUAUAGGUCUUGCUGUGUGUAAGCCUGUUCUGGUCUCCUGUCUGGAAGAAAGCAAAGAGCCCUGGAAUGUGAGGAGAAGGGAGACUGUAGCCAACCAGGUGAAGUGGAUUUUCAGUUCAGGUGAACUGAAAGGAAGUUUCUCAAAGAAAGAGAAGACUGUUUAUGUAAGAGAGGCUGGAAAGGAAACUCACAGACGAAGACAGAUGGCUUCUUUUCAGCAUCAACGUUGUUCAGCCAGUGUUGGAUCUUGUCUUCAUGUUUUCAUUAUUCUCUGCAAUGAGGAGCCCAGUUCUCAAAUUCUUACUGUGGUAUGCAGAAGUCUGCCAGUGUGUUCCUUCUUGACAAAUUUUAAGAUCCAUUGACUGUCAAGGAUGCAUUUGACUUCUCCAGGAGUGGGAAUGCCUAGACUCUGCUCAGAGGGCUUUGUGCGAGGUGAUGUUGGAGAACUACAGAAAUCUGGUGUCUGUAGGUGAAGAGAUUUGUCUUGCAGAAUUAUUUACUAUUCUGCAAUGUUUGAAAGAUGACAGUCUAUUUUGUUCAUGUGUUAGUUUUAUUGAAUGUCUUGGAUUGUUUAAAAAUUAGUAAAAUGGAAAUAUCUGGUAUCAUGAGGAGCAUGUUUAUAUUUUAUCAUUUCUUUCCAUUUCCACCUGUUACAAGAAUUAUCCACCUUCAUUAUUUUUGGUGUUAAUUUUAGCCACUCAUUAGUACACGAUAAUGUAGCCAGAAUCUUAAAGUUCCAUUGCCACGGCUGCAUUGUGAAUCUGUGAUAGAACUUAGU